AAAGCAGUAUUCGUUUUAUUUGUAAUGUUUUGUCAGUGGGUUUCAAGAAAAUGUUUUUAAGAUGCUUCUUGUAUUUCCAACCAACGUUGUCAUAGCAACUUUUAUCUUGGAAUCAUUGGGCCAACAAAAGAAUACAGUUGAGAGCCAGGCGCAAAACCAUGGUAAGAACAAACAAAUGAGCAGAUGGAGGAUUUGAACAGUUCGUGAAAUAUGUAAAUAUAUCUAAAUAUGUAUUAGGAAUGAUACUAUAAUCAUGAAAUGCUGAGAGUGGAUGUUGCCUCAAGAUGUUUUUGUGAUAUGAAAAAAUGUUUCCUUCAAAAAAUGGAAGAGUUGAAUUUCACAAAGAUGUGAAAAUGGAUUCCCUGGAGGGAUACUGGGCAUAUUUGGUAAACUGCUCUCAGUCUCUGAUACUGGAUCAUGGCUACUGGACAUCAGAGAGCGAGAAAGACCCGAAGGACAUUUUGAUGGUCAGAUUGAGCAGUCUGCUUUUAAAGAGUCUGGAUCAGAUUGGAUCUUGCAGAGCGUUGAGAAUUUGUAUCUUAGCUGACAACUUUCUGACUAGGAUCGAAGCUCUGAUGGAAUGCGCUCUGUUGGUGAAGUUAGAUCUGAAAGGAAAUCAGAUUGUUCAGCUCCCUGAUGCUUCAUGUUGGAAUAAUCUGAAAGAAUUGCAACUUCUGUAUCUACACGACAACAACAUGUCAACCUGGAACAGUAUUAAAGGCCUGUCUGGCUGUUUAAAACUGACUGCUUUAACUCUCUAUGACACCCCGCUCAGUUUAAAGAAGAGCUACAGGCACUGUCUGGUCAACAGCAUAUGGUCAUUGAAGGCCUUGGACAACUUUGUCAUCUCUGAUGAGGAAAUCGUACAAAACUUGUCUCUUCCUGUUCGAUUCAAAGCAAUGAAUCAGCACUUUUGUGUCAGUUUGUAUCCAUGUACAAAGUCGGAUUCAUUCGAGAUAGAGAUGAAAGUGGCAUAUAAAAUAAUCUCUGAGAUAAACAGAAUUCAGGCCUUUUAUUCCCCUACACUUAUUAUACAGCGCUGGAUUCGAGGCCAUUUAAUUAGAAAAAGACUUGGGCUUUGCAGUACAAAGAAACAGAUCAAGUCUGAGAAACCAUUCAUUUCCAUGCCUUUGAGCACAGAAAAUUACCAGGUACAAUCCCAGUCUCGGAAAACCAUGGAGGAUGCCACAGAUGACCACCCUGAACAACCAAAUGAAAAAGAAGAGAGAGACACAGAGAUCCAAAGAAUUAAUGUGAACCUUGCCAAGCUAAUGCAAACUGGCAACCCAGAGGUUUUACAGGAUCCUGCAAAUGUUAAAUCAAAUGACAGUCAACAAGACAUAAAAACACCAUGCAACACCCCUCAGUGCAGUCGAAGUCUGAAAUCUGAGGCCUAUUUAAACAUAAUUGACCAAGGCAUCAAUGUGACUGUUGAUCUCUGUAAUGAUGAAACUGAAGAAGGAACCUUUCGUGUUUUGGGACUAAAAGCUUUGGUCCACCAGAGUGAGCCAGUAAGUGACAUGCUGCUUUCCCAUAAAGCUGCAGGGCAGGACGUCCGUGAGGCCAUCAGCCAGUUUCAUACUCAGAGACCAGGUCUACCACCGCACUCUUCUGCAGUUACUUCAGGAAAGCGUCCGAUUGGUUGUUGCCAUGACAAAAUCAGCCUCACCCCCUUUAAAGUCAUUGAAAGAGUCCAUCAAGCAUUUGAUAAAGCCAGAAUCCAGAAACACCUUGCAGAGAAGGUAACUGAGUGCCAGAUCGACCGUGAAGUAGUCAAGGGUCGCCGAGACAUCUUUAGAGAAGCUCGCAGGACAGAAGUGCGUUUGCGGCAGGAGCGGGAAAGGAUGGAUAUGGAGAAAACUCUUACUCUGCAGAGAGCCAAGAUGGAGCAGGACAUCCAUCACGCACGUCAGAAACAUGCCCAGUUUUUGGAGGAGAAGAAGAUGAGAAUCCAGGAACAAGAGAUGGUUUGCAGUUUCAGCCAACAGCACAACUCUCUAGCGAGGGCCGUGCUUAGAUACCACACAUGGCAACGUGGUAACCAGCAAUGAAUGUUUUUAAACAAACAUAACAUUUAGAUAUUGGUUAGUCAGACCCUUUGCGUGCAGCAGCUUCAAAACAUUUAUUGCACUAUAGUAUAGAAUAGUAUAAUACAUUACAAUACUUACCAGAAGAUGCCUGCAAUGAUUUUAUUAUAGACACUGAGAUCUGCUCCUCUUUUCAAAAUUUAAAAUAUUACAUAACAGGAAUCCAAAAAUACACCCCUAAUACACAACCACCCCCAUCCGUCAGGCGCAAGUAUUAAA